AUGGCUAUACAAACCGUGGCUGUCUCCCCCACCACAGAGAACCCCCAUGCCUCUCUCUCGGUGGCGGGGGCUUCGGGCUCAAACACCGACCCUGCAGACGCGAGGCUCAGCAGCAGCAGCAGAAGCAGAAGCAGCAGCAGCAGCAACCACAACGGCCACAGUAACAAGGCAACCAACUUCACGCAGCACCUGAGGGGCACAGCUGCAGCAGCAGCAGGCCCUGAGGAAGCAGGAGCCGGCGCAGCAACGGCAGCACCACCCCCUGCAGCAACAGCGACCCCUGCCGCCGCAGCUGCUGGCACAGGACCGUUGGCAGCAGCAGCAGACGAAGCAGGAGGGGCAACAGCAAAGGAAGCAGGAGGAGGAGGAGCAGCAGAUGAAGCAGGAGGAGGAGCAGCAAACGAAGCAGGAGGUGCAGCAGCAGACGAAGCAGGAGAAGGAGCAGCAGCAGAUGAAGCAGGAGGAGCAGCAGUAAACACUUCUGCUGCUGUAAGCCGGCAAGGAAGUGCUUUGGGGCGCUCUAGAAUUUCUGUUGAGGAGCUGCAGCGCCUUUAUGGGGCAUACAAACAAACAGACACCCAAGAAUGCACAUAUCCUCUGCGGGUCAUCCUUAGUUGCAAGGGACUACAUUCAGAAUUUCAUCCGGAGAGUGGGCUUUCGACAGGGUCAACGAGUAAGAUAUUUCAGCACUAUGUUCUGAAGCAGCGCAUUGGCUCGGGUUCUUGGGGUGAAGUAUUUGUGGCUAUUGAGAGACUCUCAGGCAUACAGCGGGCAGUAAAAAGGAUACCUAAGAGCACCCCACACGCAGUGGCGAUGGCUCGGGAGGAGGUGGCGCUGAUGAGGGAGAUGGACCAUCCGAAUAUUGUGAAGGUCUUUGAGUGCUACGACGACACUGCGUAUUUCUUCGUGGUGAUGGAGUUAUGCCGUGGGGGGGAGUUGUUUGAUGAAUUGGCUAAGAGCGCCAGCUGGGAGGGGCGCUGCUGUCUGCCAGGCAGCCGCCCCCGCCCUCGCUUCACGAGACAAGAGGCAGCACUUAUCAUGUACCAAGUCUUAUCUGCUGCGCACUGUUGCCACCAACACGGCAUAUGCCACAGGGAUAUAAAGCCUGAGAACUUCCUGCUGGCUGAGCCGGGCAGCCUGACGCUGAAGUUGGCAGACUUUGGUUUGGCUCGGCGCUUCUCUCGGCGCAGAAGUGUACCUAGGAGAGAGUCCUUCAUGGAUCUUGUUGAAGCAGCAGUUGCUGCAGCUACUCCUGCUGCUGCUCCCACCACGCCUUCUGUUGCAGGCUUUGCUGCCGGAGAUGCAACAGACGCCGCCGCCCAGGCAUUCAAAUCCCAACCACCUGAGGGCGGAUUGCCGCACCAGCAGCAGCAGCAGGAAGACGAAAAGAUGCUGCUGCAGUCGGUCGCCGGAACUGUUUGCUUCGCUGCUCCGGAGGUGCUGCGGCUGUCUGCAGAUCUUGUCAAGAAGACAGAGUCGAUGCAGCAGCAGCAGCAGCAAGGUGACACAGCAGCGCUGCAGCAGGAAACUCAAGUGGGGGAGCAGGCUGAGAGUUCGCAGCAGGAGCAGCAGCAGCAACAGCUGCAGCCUUCGGGCUACGACGGAGAACGAGCUGACGCCUGGAGCUGCGGCGUGAUGCUGUAUCUGCUUCUGUGUGGGGAGCUGCCUUUUGAUGGCCCCGACGAUGCAGCUGUUGCCUACAACGUUCUGCACGGGGAGCUAAAGUUUACGCAUCCUGUUUGGGCAGAGGUGUCUGAAGAGACCCUGGAGUUGGUGAUUGCCUUGUUAGAGCCAGACCCAAACUGGCGGCUGCUGGUGGGGGAGGCUCUAGGCAGCAGCUUCUUCAGCAGUUUGCUGCCGCUGCAUCUGCCGAUUCCAGCUGCAGCAGCAGAGGCAGCUGCAGCAGCUGAGCAGGCUGCACUUGUGCCGGGCACUGGUGGUGCUGCUGCUGCUUUUUCACCCUCUGGCACCUGCAGCAGCAGACGACACUCUACUCUCUUCCAGGUGUCUUCAUUUGCUUCCAGCAGCGCAGCAGACUCGUGGAUGUGUAGCUCUACGGCGACGCCUUCUAGGCGAAACCCCACGUGCUCCUUUGCAACAGCAACAGCAGCGUUGUCUUCAGUAGCAGCAGCGGCUGCUGCGGGGUUCGGGCUGCCUGAUGGUGCAGCAGCAACACUACCUGCGGCUCUGAGCUGUACAGACACCAAACAGACAGACACUGCUUCGCAGACCCCAUCGAAUGGUACCGCCAGCUUCUCCUGCCAAGGCACAGCAGCACCCACGUCCCCGGACAUCUCCCCAGCAGCAGCAACAACAGAAGCAGCAGCAGCAACAGAAGCGGCAGCAGCGACAGAAGCAGCAGCAGCAGCAGCAACCGAAGCAUCUGCAGCAACAGAAACAGUAGCAGCAGAAGCAGCAGCAGGUGAUAAGCGUCGUGGGGCAAAUGUCUCUGCGGCAGCCGCUGCAACGGCCCGCCUGCUGCAGCAGCGGCUGGCGGGGCUGCACCGAAUCGCUGAGACCUGUGCUGCUGUUGCUGCUGCUCCGACAGCAGCAGAAGUCUCUGCGUGUCUUGCUGCUCUCCCCUUUGGUCGGGGCCACUCAGCCGUGCCCAAGUGGCCGUGGGAGCAGAAGGUUGCUGCUACUGCUGCUGCUGCUGAAGGACCUGCUGCGAGCGACAAACGAACGGACGAUGCUGGGCAGCAGGAGCAACAGGAUCCGCAGCAGCGUCUGGGUCGGCAACAGCAGCAGCAGCAGCAGCAGCAGCAGCCACAGCAGCCACAGCAGCAGGCGAAGGCUGUGGGCUCUCGCACUCGGUUGAAUUUCCUGGAGGACAGCAGCUGUUAUUUGUGUUGGUGUUCACAUGCCUUCAUGGGGGAGCAAGGCAGCAUGAGCAGCAACAGCUGCUGCAGCGGCGAGCGCAGCAGCAACCAUAACAGCAGCAACCGCUCGUGCGCAACACUUUCACCUGCAGGAGACCGACUCGGGGGUAAGACCUGGUCGUGUGCUACAGGCUGCCUCUCUCACCCAGGCUGCGGGUCCCCAGACAGUUGCUGCUGCAGCAGAAGGCGCGUCAGCAACAGCUCGAACAACAGCAGCAGCCGCAACAUUUGCCUGAGGAGCCCCAACUACUCUAGCAGCAGAAACGCUCCUCCCCUGUCCUUAAGAAGAAGGCGAUAUAUGUUAACGGCGCGGGCUUUAGUGGGGUCUGUGGGCGGGAGAGUGCUGCAACGGCUCGACAGCAGCAGCUUCUGCGGCAGCAAAUCUAGCAGCAGAAGAGAGAGCAGCAACCCCACAGAUGCAACGCCUCUCAGCAACGGAGGGGACGUCUGGGUGCAUCAACGGCCACCCACGUCAUCGCCGUGCUCUUUAGUUUGCUCUCCAUUCGAUGCUGUUGGCUCUACUGCUGCUGCUGCUGCUGAGACGCCACCCACUGCAGCGGCCCUCGCUGGAGCAACCGCUGCUGCACUUACACUCGCUAUGCAAGAAGCUGCUGCAGCAGGAAGAGGGGGGCAAGCUGCGCGUCAGGGUGACCAGCCGCCGCCGCGCCAGCAGCAGCAGCAGCAGCGACUGCUUCAACAAGAUCUGCAGCAGGAUCUGCAGCAGGAUCUGCAGCAAGAGCUUGCGCCAGCCCCUUGGGGGGAGCUGGGUGAGACGCAGGUGCCUAGACAGCGCGAGCCCCACCUGCACAUUCCGAGGCGUGUGGCUCUUGCGUUGCACUGGCUGCAGGCCUUGACGCUAGCGAGCGACCCCAGCAGCAGCAGCAACAACAGCAACAGCAGCACCUGCUGCUGCGGCAGUGUUACAGGGCUAGAGGGGGUGGGGUGUCUGGCUUCCCUCUGGUCAGGACAGCAGUCGGAGCAGCUGCUAGAGCAGGAGGGUGAUUUCGUUUGUACACUGGGGCAGCAAGAGCUGCAUUUGCUGCAUUACACAGCUGCAGCAGAAGAGCUGCUGCGGCGGCUCCGUGCUGCAACACAGGGGCCGCUGUUGCGGCGGCAGGCGUUGCUGGCGCUUGCUGUUGCUGCUCGUGGCAGCUCCCCCCCGUCGCCGUGCCCAAGUGUGGGGCAGCAGCUGCUGCAGCUGCCGCAUGUGUGGGGCGACGCGUUUUUGAAUCGCUACAACAGCAGCGAGGGUGCCAGCUGCAGCAGCAGCAGAGCGGACUUUGCUUCUGCUGCAGCAGGAGUGGAAGCCAGCAGCUGCUGCUCCUGCAGAGGGGCCAGACCCCUCCCCGCUUGCUGCUGCCUCUGUCACUCAGCUUCGAACCCACGACAACUGUCGAGCUGCAGCAGCCAGCAGACGCUGGGGAUGCCGCGUGCAUGCAGCAGCAGCAGCAGCAGAUUGGUUGGCAGCAGUGCGCAGCUGCACUCCUCCAGCGUUGGCGACAUACGAAUCCAGCAGCAGCAGCAUUACCCGCACCAGCCCCAUUGGGCAGACGGCCACGGCGGCUCUCUGCGGUGCUUGAAGUCGAGCCCGUGCAUACCUGAGCUGCAUGCGAGCAGCAACAACAGCAGCAGCAGCAGCGGGAGGCUGCGGGGGGCCCGCAACGAGGCGAGUGAGGAGCUGCUGCGUGAGAGGCGGCUGCUGCAGCUGCUCUUUUUGUCUUUUGAUAAAGACGGAGACGGGCUGCUCUCUUAUAGAGACUUUGCUGAUGGCAUGCUCUCGCUGCUGCUGCUGGCUGCCAUCUUGGGCCAACUCGCGCUGCGGCCAGAGGAAGAUGCAGCACAAGAACAGGCAGCAGCAGCACUCGGAGUCGACACCCUUAUAACCCAGCAGCAGAAGCAGCAGCAGCAGCAGCAGGAGCAGCGCGAGCAGCAGGACGAGCAGCAGAAGCAACCGAAUGAACAACAGGCGCAGCCGCAACAGCAGGAGCAGAACGAGCGACCGCAGCAGAAGCAGCAGGAGCAGGACGAGCAGCCGCAGCGGCCGCAGCAGCCGCAGCAGCAGCAGCCGCAGCAGCAGCAGCAGCAGUCGCAGCAGGAGGAGGAGGACGUGUGGGUGCGGUGGGUGUUCCGGUGGCUAGUGCUUCAUUUUGAGUUGCUGCUGCUUGGAGCAGAAAUAGACGGAGACGGCAGCGGGGCGAUUGAGCUCUCUGAAUUUCUUGCGGCUACUCUAGACUCCUCUUUGCUAGCAGCACAGCCAUCCCUGCGCAAGGCGGCAGCAGCAGCAGAACCUGCAUUUUGUCUCUUUUUGUCUCCUUUUUUGUUUAUCUUCAGAGCAGCUUUUAGAAUGCUGGAUCGAUCGGGAGAUGGAGUGUUGGGGUUGGGGGAUUUGAAGGCCUGCGUCAAGGAGAAGUGUCUCAGUCGAGAAGACUCCGAGGCCCUCGAUCUUCAGCUGCAGGCAAUUUUGAGCGCUGGAGAUGUCGAUGGAGACGGCCGAGUGACACUCCAGGACUUCGAACAGUUCAUUCAAGGGCAGUAA